AUGUCGAAUCCCAGGGAUUACAGUAAUAGAAAACCCGAAUUCUCGCGAGAUCAUCCAUUCGAACUGGUAGAUUCAGAUAUGCUGGACCGGGAGAACGAAGAGGGCGGUUUCGAGAAUCACACAGAUGAAUUUAUUGACGAAAUAGAGGAGUUAGAUGAAGAGGACGAUUCGUUGCAGAGGUUGUCGGACCAGGCUGCAAGAAGGAGAGAAUAUGAUCCGUAUGACGACGGCGACGAGGAAGAAGAAGAAGAGGAAGAGGACGAGGAAGAGGAAGAUGCGGACGACGACAGUCAUGCAGCUAAUGGAGAUGAAGAUGAUGACGAGGAAGAUUUGGACCCUGUUGAUUUUUUACGUCGGCUUAUUCAAACGAGAUCGAGAGGCAGACGUAUAGGGGCAUUAGAUGAUGAGAACGACAAUGAAGAUGAGAACGGGGACAACCUUCGACUGGAUCCUUUGAGCGCAUUGAGAAUAGUUGGCGGUGAUAGAAGGGAUAUAAAUAGUUAUAACGACAGAUUUGAAGAUAACGAUGAACGAACAGCGGCAGGCAAUGGAUUUGCGGAUGUCGUUCACAGAAUAAUGAGAGAUGGUAUAAUGUUUAGCAGUUUUGAUAGAGAUAACAAUGAGAUGCAAGGAUUAAUUAAUAAUUUGAAUCAACGCGAUGAUCCGUAUAUAAUUUUGGAAACGUUGAAUGAAUUAUCUGAGAGGUUGUUAAUGAUGAAUGGCAUUACUGCAGAGAGAAUGAUACCUGCUAACAAACUAGCCAAAGCUUUGAUUAAUAUAAUGGACGACCCUAAUUUAACGGAAGAAUUGGAAAUAAAUUUGGUUGCAUGUAGAUGUUUAUACAACUUUUUGGAGGUCAACCAAGAUUUUAUUCAUGACGCACUUAAUAACAAUGCAGUUGAAUGCUUAUGCACCAAGCUAUUAGAGAUUACUUGUAUCGAUUUAACUGAACAAUUAUUACAAACCUUAGAAAUGAUUUCACGCGAUCCAAUUUCUCAUAACAUGAUUAUUGCAGCCAAUGGUUUAAAGGCGUGCUUGCAAUACUUGGACUUUUUGACAGUUCAUGCUCAAAAGAAGUGCUUGAGUAUAGUUGCUAAUUCUUGUUCUAACAUAUCACUUGCCAAUUUUAACAUGGUCAGAAAAGAUUUUGAUAAUAUUUCUGAUGUUGUUAGAAAUAAUACAGAUUCAAGCGUAGUUGAAAGUGGUUGGCUCGCUAUAUCGAGAAUUGUGAUGAGUUUCAAACUUAAGCCGGAUUACUUAGAGGAGUUGUUCUUGAAUAACGAACUUUUAUUACGGGAGUUAAUUGAAAUUAUCUACAUCAGUUCUAAUAAGUCUCUGAAUUCUUCUACAGUAAAUGAGGUUGCAAAAAUACCCUUGAAUUUUGGAUCAUGCUUGAGUUUAAUUAAAUCGUUGAUCAUAUUAUCAAGUGUGAGUGUUGAAAUCUCGAAAACUAUAUUGGAAACUUGUUCUAUUGGUGAAAUAAUUGUAAAGUCUUUGAAUAAAUAUUCCAAGUCGAAGCCAAAUGCAAAAGUGCAAUCGAAUUUAGCAUCAUUAUCUAAUGCACAGAACUUGGAAACUAUAACUUCGGAAUCUUCUAUUGACAAUAUUUCCGUGGAAGCAUUAAUGGCUUCUCCUAAAGAAUUACUUUCUCAGUUUUUGAAUUUGAUUGGUUACUUGUUACCAAUAACUUACGACGUGAAAACUUCACCUUUCUUGAAAGAUAACCACGAGGAUUAUGAAGAGAAGGUUAAGAUAAACGAAAAUCGUGUUGUCUUGUGUAAAGAAAUUAUACCAGAUUCAUAUUGGGCGUUUGUUAAUCAAAUUUGGUCAUUAUUAAUUAAUAGUUUUCAAACUACUAUGGACUUUGAAAUUCGUAAGAAAAUUCUCAUCAAUUUAUCAAGAAUUAUUUCAUUUAGUGAUGGAGCGGGGUUUAAAAAAAUACGAGGAGUUGAAAUGAUUUCGAGUUUAUUGGCGUCAUUGAUUAAUCAAAGUAAAAGUAUCAUGAAUAGAGAAUUGUCGUCAUAUUCUAAUCAUCAAAAUUUACCGUACGAAAAGAAAAAUGAGACAGACGUUGAUAUGCUCGCAAGUGAUGAUGAAGUUGAAGACGACAACCAACUUAAUUUUUCAAAGAAAGACAAGCCAGAUGAUGCUUCCAAAGUGAAUUCAAAUUGCCUAUUGCUAUGUGCAUUUUCAAUGUCCCAAGCAUUGAUUGAGAAGGCUUCAGAUUUAUUUAUUUCUGACUUUGAAAGGGAAGGGUUAUUUAGUGAUAGCUUGUCUAUUCUCAAUAACUUGAAAUUGUUGAAGUACGACUCUAAUGAGGACUUACCCAAUUUAACUCGAGCAAACUUAUUUUCUUCUAGCUAUACUAAUAAGUACAUUGACAUGGAAUUUACAAGAGAUUUUGAGUCUUCUCAAACAAGUGAUUUGAUUCAUAAUAAGCUAAUUAAAGCUGCUCAAAACAUCGAAGACUUAUACCUUGCAUCUAGAAAAUCAAGAGAUUCAAGUAAAAUACCUGAUCAUAUGAAAGAGUUGAAGAGCAUAAGGGAUAUUUUGAGUAGCCAAGAUAAAAUCGAGUCAUUUUUAUACAGUCAGUGGGAAGAAACUUGGAAGAGACUCAAGUUCGCACUAAGUGGAACAAAUGGCGAGUUCAAAAUAUCUUCUUUUGAGUUAAUUUCUUCAGGAAUAAUUGAGUCACUAUCAUUAAUAUUUACCUCAGAUAUAUAUGACUUUGGGUUUGAGUUUAGUGAUUGUUACAAAGCUUUUGUAACUGUCUUUUUUGAAAAUAACUCAGGUAUUGAGUCUAGGGAUUCACCAAUUUUAUUAUUAGUCAACAAGUUGCAAGAAGCAUUGACUAGAUGUGAAUCAUUCGAAAUCGUGUCUUCAGGUAAUAGUUCUUCUAUUUCUAAUUAUAACAAUGACAACUACCAUACAUCCGCAAUGGCAAGACAAGUUAAAUUAAAGCUUACUGCUGAAGGUGAUAUUUUGGAAAAUAAACUACCAACAGGUUUGCAAAACAUGGUAUUAUCUGUUCACGCAAUUGCAACAUUUAAAUCGAUUGAUACAUUUAUUAAACAGAGGUUGAAUUUUCUUGAUGAGUUGAAUGGAUUAGGAAGUGGGGAUGAUUAUAAGAAGGAGGGAAGGGACGAGUCGGAAGAAAAUAAAGAAAUUGAUACAAAUAAAUCGUCCUGGAAUAUUGAAUUUUUGAACAAUGGGGAACUAAUUCCGAAUGAAACAACUAUAUAUGGUGCAGUUUACAGGUCAUUGCAAACAAAAGUUGACGAAACAGUUGACGCUUCGAAGAUUUGGUCAAAUAUUCAUAACAUAACCUACCGUAAAGUAGAUUCUGCACAGGAAACAGAAACGAAACCAAUAUCUUACGAUAAUAACGUUUCCGAGCUUGAUAAUUACGAUAAAAACACAAUCAAUAUAUUGAAGCUAUUGAAAGUAUUAUUUGAGAUGAAUUCAUUUGUUAACAAUAACCAUCCAAACAUGAACAAUAUUCCGAAUGAAAGUUUUAUGAAUUGGAAACUUACUGUAAAAUUAAACAGACAACUUGAAGAGCCCCUAGUUGUUGCUAGUGGGACCUUGCCUGGAUGGAGCAUUAAUGUAACGAAAAAAUUUCCAUUCAUUUUCCCAUUAGAUACAAGAAUUUUCCUAUUACAAUCUACAUCAUUUGGUUACUCAAGAUUGAUUCACCAAUGGCAAAUUAGAACUAACCAGGAAAUCGAAGAUAAUAAUAAUUCCAAUAAUCAAAGGCCCCAAUUGGGUAGACCAACAAGACAUAAAGUAAGACUCUCCAGAAAUCUGAUGUUACAAAGUGCAGUUAAGGUGUUAGGUUUGUACGGCUCUUCACCUGGAAUUUUAGAAAUUGAGUAUUUUGAUGAAGUUGGGUCUGGAUUAGGGCCUACGUUAGAAUUUUAUGCAACUGUUUCAAAAGAAUUUUCCAAGAAGAAAUUAAAAUUAUGGAGAGAUUAUGGUUUGGCAGACAGCGAUGAAGAGGAUUAUAUAUUUUCCAAAACUGGUUUAUUCCCUGCACCAUUAGAUAAAUCUCAGGUUUCUAGCGAAAACGGACGCAAAGUUUUGUAUUUUUUUUCAAACUUAGGUAAAUUUAUUGCUCGAGCAUUAUUAGAUUCGAGAAUUAUUGAUUUUAAUUUCAAUCCAGUGUUUUUGAAAUUUGUUCAAUUCUUCAACAAAAAUGGCAUACAGAAAGCGGCGAGAAGAAACAUCAAAAAGUUGGCUAAUAUGGCAACUCUUAGAUUAGUUGACCCAGAAUUAGCUGAUUCUAUGCUGCACCUAUUAAAAUAUGUAGAACGCUUUUCAACCGUUGAAGAACACGAGCGGGAUAAUAUCAAGGUUGAUGAUUGUACUAUAAACGACUUGGCCUUAUCAUUUGUUGUCCCAGGAUACCCUCAAUAUGAACUAAUACCGAACGGGGAAGAUACUCCUGUAACAUCUAGCAAUCUCGAAACCUACAUCAAUAAAGUUUUAGAGGCUACGCUAUAUUCUGGAAUUGUUCAUCAAACGAAGGCAUUUAUGGAUGGGUUCUCCAAAGUUUUCCCUAUUAAUUCUUUGAUAAUUUUUUCUCCGGAAGAACUAGUUGGAUUAUUUGGAAGUGCAGAAGAAGAUUGGUCAAUUGAAACAUUACCAGCUGCUAUCAAUGCUAAUCACGGUUAUAACAAAGAGUCUGAAGCGAUUACGAGAUUAAUCAAUAUUCUUGUUGGCUUUAAUGACAUCGAGAAAAGAGCAUUCUUACAGUUUUUAACAGGAGCUCCUAAACUACCCAUUGGUGGCUUCAAAGCAUUGAGACCAGCAUUCACUGUUGUUAGGAAACAGGCUGAAAAUGGAUUAAAAGAUGACGAUUACUUGCCUAGCGUAAUGACUUGCGCUAAUUAUCUUAAGCUUCCAAAUUAUUCAUCAGAGAGCGUCAUGAGAGAAAAGUUACUUCAAGCAGUAAACGAAGGAGCUGGUGCAUUCUUACUAUCGUAA